UUUGACAGGCUCGAGAGCCUUACCGGAAUGCACGAGCUGCAGAGAAAGUGAACGAACCGACACAGAAAGAUGCAGGCGGACGAAAUGGAGGUACCUAUCAUUAAUAACAUUAACAGUAACUGCAACAAGCAAAGGCCUCUGCCGAAUGGGAGAGAUGUGUUCAAGAAUCUGCUGAAGGAUUGGGAGAGCUCCAUGGAGUCCCCUAACCUGGAGUUUGAGUAUGGGGACACAGACAGCCUGACUGCUGAACUCUCAGAGAUAUACAGUUACACGGAGGAGCCCGAGUUCGCCCUCAACAGGGACUACUUUGAGGAGGACUUCAGGAGCCAUGUGCGGGGGAGGAGGUGGAUUGAGCUGGGUCAGGAGCAGCAGAGGGCCUAUGUGAUGAGACUACUAGAUGCUCUGGAGGUCACUGACCGGGACAAAAGGCUGAAGGUGGCCCGGGCCAUCCUCUACCUGGCACAGGGGGUGUUUGAUGAGUGUGACACGGACACAGACGUGCUCCACUGGUCUCGCCACAACGUGUUCCUGCUGUAUGACAUGGGCGUCUUCACCGCUCUCCUGGAGCUGCUGAGCAUGGAGAUGGAUAACAACCAAGCCUGCAGCAGUGCAGUGAGGAAACCUGCCAUCUCUCUGGCGGACAGCACAGAACUCAGGGUCUUGCUAAGCAUCAUGUACCUGAUGGUGGAGACCAUCCGUCUGCAGACAGAGGACGACAGGCCAGAGUGGAGAACUGCCAGAGAGGCAUUCAAGACUGAACUGGGUUCUCCUCUGUACAACGGAGAGCCAUUUUCCCUGUUGCUCUUCACCAUGGUGACCAAGUUCUGCAGUAUGAACGCUCCACACUUUCCCAUGAAGAAGGUCCUGCUCCUGCUCUGGAAGACCAUCCUGUUCACCAUGGGGGGCUUCGAGGAGCUCCAGGAGAUGAAGGUUCGAGGGAGAGAGAGGCUGAGCCUGCCCCCCUUGCCUGAGGACAGCAUCAAGGUAAUUCGGAGCAUGAGAGCAGCCUCUCCUCCAGCCUCGGCAAUGGAGCUCAUCGAACAGCAACAGCAGGCCAAGAGAGGACGCCGCAGCCGCAGGAGUGCCUUUGUUGAUAGCUUGGAAGGAGACAGUCCCUUUCCCAAGAAGCAGCCCCUGGUAAAGCAGGACAGCCUAGACACGUACAACGAGCGAGACCCCUUUAAGAACGACGACGCACGCGACGAGGAGGAGGAUGGCGAGGAAGCCGACAGUGGCAUCGAGGGCGAGGUGGACCCCCUGGACCGUGAUGUCAUCAUCCAGCCGCCACCCCCACCGCCCCCGCUCAGACCCCCCACUGAGAGUGCGUCCCUCCCCAAGGGUCUGCCCUGGGCCCCCAAAGUCAGAGAGAAAGACAUCGAGCACUUCCUGGAGACCAGCAGGAACAAGUUCAUCGGCUUCACUCUGGGAAAUGACACAGAGACACUGGUCGGUCUUCCUAGGCCCAUACACGAGAGUGUCAAGACCCUCAAACAGCACAAAUAUGUCUCUAUAGCUGAGAUGCAGAUCAAGAGGGAAGAGGAGCUUCAACAGUGCCCCAUGACCCUGGGAGAAGAGGAUGUGGAUGAGACCCCAACAGAGAUCCUGUAUCUGGGAAUGCUUCCUAACCUGUCUCAGUAUGUGAUUGCCCUUCUGAAGCUGCUGCUGGCUGCAGCACCUACCUCCAAGGCCAAGACGGACUCCAUCAAUAUACUGGCUGAUGUGCUGCCAGAGGAGAUGCCAAUCACGGUCCUCCAGAGCAUGAAGCUGGGUAUUGACGUGAACAGACACAAGGAGAUCAUUGUCAAGGCCAUCUCUGCACUUCUGCUGCUGCUCCUCAAGCACCUGAAACUCAAUCACAUCUACCAAUUUGAGAUUGUCUCUCAACACCUGGUGUUUGCUAACUGCAUCCCACUGAUCCUCAAGUUCUUCAACCAGAACAUCAUGUCUUACAUCAGUGCCAAAAACAGUAUAUGUGUGCUGGACUUCCCUCACUGUGUGGUCCACGAGAUGCCUGAGCUCACGGCUGAGAGCUUGGAAGCUGGAGACAGUAAUCAGUUCUGCUGGCGUAAUCUCUUCUCCUGCAUCAACCUGCUGAGGAUCCUCAACAAGCUGACUAAGUGGAAACACUCCAGGACCAUGAUGCUGGUGGUGUUCAAGUCUGCUCCCAUCCUGAAGAGGGCGCUGAAGGUCAAACAGGCCAUGAUGCAGCUGUAUGUCCUCAAGCUGCUCAAGAUCCAGACCAAGUACCUGGGCCGCCAGUGGAGGAAGAGCAACAUGAAGACCAUGUCAGCAAUCUACCAGAAAGUACGACACAGGCUCAAUGAUGACUGGGCCUAUGGCAACGAUAUCGACGCACGGCCGUGGGACUUCCAGGCGGAGGAGUGCGCCCUGAGGGAGAGCAUCGAGAAGUUCAACAGCCGUCGCUACGACAAGAACCAGAACGGCGAGUUCGCCCCGGUGGACAACUGCCUGCAAAGUGUUCUGGGCCAGCGUGUUGAGCUGCCGGAGGACUUCCACUACAGCUAUGAAAUGUGGCUGGAGAGAGAAGUGUUUUCACAGCCUAUCCAAUGGGAGGGUCUACUACAACAGGCCCAAUGAGCGGGGAGGACACGCAUACCAGGGACACAAGCCUACGACUACUGUGAUCUUCAUGUAAAUAUGUGGCAGAAAUAGAACAUCAGUUUGUAGUCACCUGUAUCCAUGCAGAAAUUGUACAGUAACGUAUAGACAGUAAUAACGAUGUCAUGGCAACUUGGCAGGAGCAGGCUCUUACAGUGUGGAAUACUGUCACUAUUCUGUCAGUCACAACAUCCAAUCCAACCACUAUGUCCAAACCACCAGUUCAUUUUUUUCUCUCACUCAAUUUGAUUCGCUUCUGUGCUUUGUGGAAUAAUUCAUUUUAAAACCAUGGCAUGAAUUAAGUAUUGACACUGUUCUUAGUUUAUGUUGUAAUGUUUUGCAUGUGUAUUUAUUCAUGAUCACAGCCAUUAUGUUUUAGUUCGUAAAUCUCAUAGGUGCAGAUGAUAUUGUGGUUGAUUUAUAUGUUUCUAGAAAAAAGGGCAUUUUUGGAAAGAUAGUACAGGCUAACAAUUGAUUGAUUGAUUGUUUUCAAUUAAAAUAGUAAAACGUAUACAAAAAUAGCUUCAUAGGUGAGCAAUUUCUCAAGCAAGAAUUUUGCUUGGACUGUCUGGGAGUGGUCUGAGUAGGGAGGGGAAAAGUAGCUGUUAUUGGCAGACAGGUUUUGAACUCUUUUAUCGGUCUAUUAACUCAUUUUCCCCGCCUGCGGAUGUCGCUAGGCAGACCGAAACUCCAUCCCAAAGAAACAGGAAGAAACAGCACUUACAUUUAUCAUCAUUUUCACAGUAUUAUUCCAACCUCGUAGUGUGGACAUGUGUAUAAACCACAGGAUAAUCACAUUUUUGACUGCUUUAAGGGAGAAUUGAACCACAUUUGCCCUCUCUGGGUUAAUAGUCAUUGAUCAUCAACUAGAUCCAGCCGCGGGAUGUUUUUUUUUUUUUUAACCCCCUUUUUCUCCCCAAUUUUCGUGGUAUCCAAUUGUUGUAGUAGCUACUAUCUUGUCUCAUUGGGAGAGACGAAGGCUGUG